AUGGCAUCCUCUUCCCCCCUGGUCGUGCCGGUCAAGUUGGAUGCCUUUGUGCUGAACCCCGCCGUGUGCGAUGGCGUCGAGGCCAGCGAGGCCAAAAUCGCGCCGAUCACGCAGCCCAACUACAGCUAUCUCCGGCUGCAGAACGACCUGCUGCAGAAUGACGUGAUCCGGCCCAUUGAGCUGCACGCCGCUGCCCCGCACGACAAGAACACGCGGAUUUCCCACUUGGGGCUGGUCAAUGGGCAGGUGCCGGACACGCCGCAGCUCCGUCCAGAGCGACUGGGCGUGUAUCUGCACUGGAUGAUCCCUCGAGCCUACCGCACGGGAGCUGCAGCCACGGGGCCAGACGCGGAUCGAUCCAGACGCCGUCGAGGAGUGACCCCUCAUCUGGGGCUGCAUGACAGUCCAGCGCUGCAGAUGCCCGUCUUCCCCGAGACGCCCAAUCGGUGGCUGGUCGUCCGUCGCAUCCACCAGGACAAACCAGUGGCCCCUGCGGAUGCGCACUGCCAGCCCGUGACAGCCUGGGUUGUGGAGAGCGACUGGAUGAGAACGAUCGACCAGUUCAACGACACCAACGACGACCUGUGGGACAUUGAAGCCAGCGUCUCCCCCUAUCUGAAGACCGGCGGUCUCGAUCCCAAUGCCGGAUCCACGCUCGACCAGCAGGCGGAAGUGUUUAUCGGCGGCCGGGAAAAAGCCGCCGACUGGAAGGCCGAGCAGAGCGCAGGGCGAGAGCGCGUCUCGCUGGGCAUCCUCAACUCCUCCAACCAGCUCUUCGCCGACUACCAACCCCACAACACCAAUGUCUUUUCGACGAUCGACACUUUUCAGUGUGACGAUGGACGAUAUCUCACCGAGGCGACAGCGGACUACUUUGUGCUGGGCUGGCAUGCAGACGAGGAUGACGACCUCCUGCAUCUCGGUCGCCAGGACAUCACUCGAGGCGAGCGUCUGGAUGCGUUGUCCCUCGCUCUGCAUGGUGCCAGUGCAGAAGAACCUGUUGAAGAGGUCCAAAAGUGGUUGGAGUCCAAGGAAAACGGGAGAAUUCUGUGUCAUGGCGCCAUGUACGACGUGAAAUGGCACGCUACCCAGGAACCCACCACCGUCCCCGCCGACGAGAUUGCACAGGAUUUCCAGGCCAAUGAGUCGGUGGCUGUCGGCACAACUGCUUUGGACGCGUUACUGGCGUACGUCAGACCACAUCAGGUGAAGGAUGCGGAAGACGUGCUCGCAGCCCUCGGUCCAUUGCUGCAGGCACAGAGCGAAAGCAUCGAGGAUCGUCGUGCGGCAGCAGACGAGGUCCAGAACUACAACUUUUCGCGCUACGCCGGUGGCUCCAAGUACAUGCUGGAAAUCGACCAGGACAACCCCGCUGCACCCCCGUCGCCCACCGCGGUCGAGUUGCUCGCAAAGCUCAAUGCGAGCCAGACACUGCAGGACUCCACCGCAAGGCAGCUGCAGCAACUCCGAUGGGACCUAUUCGCGCUGUGGUGGAGGUUCUCGACCGACAAGCAGCGUCAGGAGCAGACGGAAAAGUACCAGGCGGAGACAGACGAACUUCGGAGGAAAAUCGUUGCCCUCGAGGCGGCUGUCAUAGCCCAGGACGAGGCGAUCAAAGCGACCCAAGCGGAGAUCAAGCAAGAGGUGUCUGUAGAGCUCAAGGAGGCAACCGCGCCUGCCUUCAGCCAACAGCAGGAUCCGACCAUCCUCCUGGGCAAUGUCCAAUCCGGCUGGCCGGUGGAUUACCUCGAUGCUCUCAAAGUCCGCCUGCCAACGCAGAUCGACCAGGCUGGCUUACCUGAGAUACCCGAGACGGACGACUAUGGGCUGCAAUACCAGUUCUUACCGGACACGUUGAAGGAUACUGCGGAGCUACUGGCACGCGAAUUCAUACGCUAUGCCAACAAGGACAGCCAGAGCUCCCGUCAGCAGCCAGAGUUCACUCCCCCAUUGUAUCAUGAGGAUGAGCGCGAUCAGUGGAAGGAUCGGCAGCCUUGGUUCCCACUGUUCUUAGAGUGGGAGGCCGAAUACGUCCACAUCGACUACGAGCACUGGGAUAUGGAAGAGCGAGCCACUGGGAAUGAUGACCCCAAAUUCCGAUACACAGUCAAACCAAAACCUCUCUGGGAUCUCCAGAUUGCAGAUAGACGAACGAUCACAGGGAGGAUUCUUCUCCUUCCCCAAGCAGCGUUUUCGCUACAAGCCCAACUUGAGCGUCUCUACAGCAGCACGCCCGAAGAGGUACUUGACAAGACUGGCACGACCAAGGAGCAGCGAGACGCUCUCCUGAAAGACGUCACCAAGCUGCCCUUUAUCUCGGCUCCCCUGGAUGGAUUCACAAACCAUCUCCUCACAUUGGCGGAGGGUAGCCACCUCAAGCCUAACAACCGACACCCUGGUGGACAACCACAGCCCCUCGAAGAUGCCUACACAUUCUCGGAGGAGAUUGGCAUUGGUGAAUCUGAGGUCAAAAAGAUGGGGUUGGAGACCGAUCUAACCCCAUACGCAUCAUUGGUUCGACUAUCUCACACCGAAGACAAUGAUCUUCCUGCCUUUAAGCCAGUCACCCAUGGUCAGUUCAAGCUGACCAAGUUGAAUUUCUUUGACAAGUUUGGCCAGGCCGCCUGUGUCAUUGAUCCUCGUCGGGAUCAUGACGACUAUGUGUGUCCGUGUAUUGGGGAAUACUACGAGCCGCAAGUGUACAAUGACGGUUCCAAUGAUUGGCCAAAUGUGGUCGACCAGCCAAGGAACCCCGGCGAAUGCGAGUUCCUUCAGAUGCCACCUAGCAUCAAUCAGCAAUCACGGCUGCAUAUGAACUUUGUCACUUUCGACGAGUACCAACAACAGCCGUACUGGCGGCCAGUCACCGAGUGGGAGAAUCCAAUCUGGGGCUGGGUGUUGGUUAACUAUGUCAACUAUGGCAUUCAAUUCUUUCUUCCCGAUGGUACCUUCUAUCGUGAAGUCCGUGUUGCCGCGCCCAAUCACCCUAAUGGCACCCAGGCCACGGACAAAUGGCUACCCUUUGAGCCUCCAUCCACCGAUCACCCUCGCCAGCUAGACAGAUUGAUCGAUCAGUUUACCAACAAGGAGGUCAACAAGGACUGCCGCGAAUAUCUGCUCGCUUUUAUGGACCUUAUCACUGCCGCUACUCUCCGUGCCAAGUCUGUUCCUGGAGCAUACAGCCAGUGUGUCAAUUCCCUGAUCGGUCGACCGCUCGCUCUGACCAAUGCUGGUAUUUCUCUUGAGCUUGGAAGCGACGCCAAACGCGGCCAAUCUACAUUCGAAGAUCAGGAGUUCAAGCGCCUGCCACGGACCCUGCUACCUGAGAAGGGAAAUUCUGUGAAUCCUCCGCCGCAGUAUUCAUUUCCCCUGAAGUUAGGCGACAAAGAUCGAUCUUACGACGGCCUAGUGGGAUACUUCCGUGCCUUUGACGAAUUCGAAGAGGAGGACGCCCUAGACCUUGGACGCCUGUACACACCAUACCCCCGCGAGGAUCCGGACAAGUUUCCGUCGGACCAGAUCCAUUUGAUUGGCAACGAGAAUUUCCCGAAACUUCGAGCGUUCUGGUUGGAUCCAGAGGAAUAUACUACACUGGAGGACGGCACAGCCAAGUUCACCGUUGACCGGCACAGGAAGCAAACCGCCUAUUGCUUUCUCAUGGAUCCCUUCAGCCCGGUCAAUGCCUAUUCGAGCAUUCUUCCUAUUGAGCCAUUGGCCCUCCCACCCUGGACGUGGGAAUCUGCCUUGAAACGCAUGACGGCUUUCUUUCACUUUGGCCCUCUUGUGGUGGCCGAUGAUGUUCCCAGAUACGAUGCCACCAAGCGCUUGAAACAGGAUUACGACCUGACAAAGGAGGGAGAGGACAGUGAGACAGUGCCUGGGAACAAUAUCAAAUUGCCUUCGUUGGGCGUGGCGGAAUGGAGCUGGCUCCAACCCUACCCCGACCCUGAGGCGAGUGGCGAUACGGCACAGGUCUCGAGAGCGGGCGGGGAUAGUAAAGCGGAAGAGGUGUACAUGGCACUGGACAUUGGCGCGAUUGACCCGGUGCCUACGUGGGAAAAGGGGCCUCUGACGGCCGUGGAGGGAUUUUUGCAGAUGAAGCGAGCUAUCACGGCGCCAGAGACUUAG